AUGCAGCUGUGCAGCCUGAGCGUCCUGUACAAAAGCGAGCCCAGGGCAGCGCUGCUCAAGGCCACCUACGACGUGUCUUCCUUCAGCUUCUUCCAGAGGUCCAGCGUUCAGAAAUUCAUGACCUGCACGAGUCAACCGAUCGUGGAGCGCUCAGCGAAAGGCAGCAGAGCUUCUGUCAAAGAACAAGAGUAUCUGUGCCACGUCUAUGUCCCGAAUGAUAGUCUUGCAGGUGUGGUCAUUGCGGACAGUGAAUACCCAUCCCGAGUGGCCUUUACCUUACUGGAGAAGGUACUAGAAGAAUUCUCCAAACAGGUUGACAGGAUAGACUGGCCAGUAGGAUGCCCAGCUACAAUUCAGUACACAGCUUUGGAUGGUUACCUUAGUAGAUACCAGAACCCCCGAGAUGCUGAUCCCAUGAGUAAAGUGAUAAUAUGA